AUGGCGCGGUGUUCGCUUGCGCUCGUCGUCUUCUCUGUCCUUGUGCCGCCGCAGGCCGCCGUUCUCCUCGCGGCGGCUCCCGAAGACGUCGCGGGCCGCGCCGACGGCGAGCCGCGUGAACCGCCGCCGGACCAACGCCCGACGAAGGCGGUCACCCCGCGCGCAGACAGUCGCGCGUUGGAUAGCGCCGAGGACGCACCGUCCUUCUUUCGCCGCGCCGUCCGCUUCUUCGGCGGCGGCGAGGCCGACCGGCGCCUCCAAAUGCCGGCGGACUACUCCUACGGCAUGAGAAGGCCAUAUUACGGGCCAUCCUACGAUCUUUAUGGCGACAUCUCAUUCGGCUUCGGCUUCGGGUACGACGACGGCGACGAUUGGCAGUACGGCGACGACUGGGUGACGCUCGUCGACGACGAGCCGUCGUCGCUGGACGCCGACGACGACGACUGGGUGACGGGCGUCGACGACCUCUUCGGCGGCUUCGGGGGCGCCGACGAUUUCUUCGGCGACGGCGGCUUCGGCUUCCUCGACGACGCGAACUACGACGCCGACUGCGCGGAGUACGGCGACGAGUGCAGCUCCCUCGACUGCUGCGGCGGCGAGAGCUGCUUCCGGAAGAACGACGACUUCGCCUACUGCCUCGAAACCUGCCCGGCGCAGGCGGACUGGGCCUGCUACGUGCCGCCCUGCGCGGACAAGGGCGAGCGGUGCGACGACGAGACCGAUUGCUGCGGCAGCCAUUCGUGCUUCUGGAAGGUCGACGAGGACGUCGGCGAGUGCUUCAAGAGCUGCCCGGACACGGAGGACUUUGAGUGCUACGAGCCGCCUUGCGCCGAGGACGGCGACGCCUGCGGCUCGGACGACGACUGCUGCUCCGGGAAGCACGGCUGCUUCCAGAAGACGGCCUCCCGCGCCGAGUGCAAGCGCGGCUGCCCGAACGACCCGGCCUGGGCCUGCCACGCCGACGCCGCGGCCGACGAAUCCGAGGCCGACGCCGCGGCCCUCGCCGCGGCCUACGAAUCCGAGGCCCACGCCAAGGCCCACGCCUAG